AUGAAUGACCAACAGUUUUUAAAAGUGUUACCUUUUUUGGAUAACAAAUGCUGCCAAAUUGGAACUGAAACUGAUGUUUUUAUGCAUUCUACAUUUUUGCUCCCUAAAACUCCUAGCCAAAAAAGAACAAGACAAAACAAAAGAACUAAAAAUCUAUCGACAGCUUUUAAUUCAAAACAAUCAAUUGCUAAUUCUACAAUGUGUUUAGAUAAUUCUAAUCUAAACUCGACAAUAUCAACUCGAACAAGAGCUGCUAGACGAGGACUUACAUCUAAGAUAUCAUCACAAUUAAAUGUUACUUGUGAAAAACAAGUAUUAGGAGUUGAAGAAAUAAAAAAAGAAGUUAUUAUCGAAAGCACUGUAAAUAAAACUAUUACAGUUAAUGAAACGUUUGUCGUACAAAAUACUUCGACUUGCACCAAAACAAUAAUUAAAAAGAAGAAAAAUAAGAAAAAGGCAUCAGUUCUUGAUGAGACAUUACAGGAACAACCUAAAAGAAAAAAUACAGAAGGAUCGUUAGAAAACGACAAGAGUCCAUUUGAAAGUCAAAAAUUGAAAAGAUCUAAAACAAUGAGCGAAACAACUCCUUUGAGAAAAAGUAAAAGUAUAUUUUCAAGAACCCUGAGUGAAGGUCCCAUUGAACAAAAUACAUUUCAAGUAAUGGUCACAAGUCCGAAAGAGCAAAAUAAUUCAAACGUAGCAGUAGUAGAAGUCAAAAGGAAAAGUUCUAGAACACUAAGUGAAAGUCCUAAUCUGAGGCCACGAAAAAUGUCGAAAACGUCGAACGAAGAAAAUGGAUUUGGUAAAGCCAAUUCGUCAGAAAUUAUAGAUCAGAAAUCUAAUGGGACACAUUACGAAAUCAAAACUCCCAGUUUAAGCCCGAUAGAAAACAGUAAAAUUUUGCCUUUCGAAACUCCAUAUAGAAGCCCUACUUUAAGAUCUAGCAGUCGUAAAUGUAAUAGAAGUUUAAGCGAGAGUCCAAUGGAAUUAAAAAAAGAACGUCAAAGUUUAAGAAAUAGAAAACAAACAAAUGUCGAUGAGAACAAUACAAUAAAUAAUGUUAAUAUAAUGACCGUCACGAAACAUUAUGAUGGCGAUGAUGGCGACGACGACGACGUGACAAAUUCUACGAGGAAAAAUGAAAUAAAUCUAUCAGAGGAUAAAAAAAUGAAGGAAAAUUUUAAAUAUAACCAAACCAUUACGCUACCAUUGAAGGGAAAAAAAACAAGAUCGUUUGGAAAUAGUAAAUUGAAUGAUGAUUUGAGCGAAAUAGGUCACACGAAAUUGGUAGAAACUAGUUUGGAUGAUAAUGAUGGUGAUUCGUUCGAAAAAAGUCUCGAUGAAGUUUUGAUACUACCGAAGAAGAAAAAAAUGAAAAGAAAAAUUAAAAAAAGUCAUUCGAAGAAUGGGAGCCUUAAAGAAAAUGAAGAAAGCGUGAGAAUAACAAGAACAAAAUCCAAAGCAAUGAAAGAAAGUUUAAAUAAUAAUUCAUCUUAUGAAAAUAAACAAAACAAAAUAUUAAACAAAGCCAAAAUGACGUCGUUGAAAAAAGAACAAUUAACUGCUUUAUUGGAAUCGAAUAAAUUAUCCGGGAUAAAAGGGGAAAAUUUAACAAAUGGCGGGUACAUGACUCCGUCGGCUAAAUAUCAAUUAUUGAGUUGUAGCAAAAUGAAAAAAACACCUUUGGCAACAUUGCCCAACAGCACGAUAAAAAAACCUAAAACUUCGGGUUAUAAGGAUCGAUUGAAAACGAAAGUCAUGAGAAGAGACAGUUCGGUUGAAAAUACUUUACCCCAUAAGGCGGUUAAAGUCCCGGAAAGCGAAACGAAAUUAUUAUCGAAAAAAAAGAAAGAAGAUGAAGCUGCGAAGAAAAGGGAAAAGGUGAUAAAGAAAAAACAGGAAGAAUUAAGAAAGAAAAAUGAAUUGAAGCAUCAGUUGGCGAUGAAACAACGUGAAAAAUUAGAGCAGGAAAAGUACAACAACAUCAUACAGUCGGAAAAGGAAAAAGAAGAAAGGCACAAAUUGAUAUUGCAAGAAAGGCAAAUGAAAUUGAAAGAAGAAGUGUACAAGAAGAAAAUGUUGGCACAACAAAAGGCGGCGGAAAUAAUUGAAAGGCGACGACACGAAGAAGAAGCACGAAUAGCGAAAUUGAAAGAAAUCGAAGCGGAAGAACAGAGAAUCGCACUAGAGAAACAAAAGGAACAAGAACGUUUGGAAAAAAGAGCUCAGGAACGUUUGGCAUUGAAAAAAGCGAGAGAGGAAUACGAAUUGCAAAUGAAACAAGAGCUCGAAACGGAAAAAUUAAAAUUCGAAAAAUUAGGAUCGGGUAGUAGUAGUAAUAAUAAUAAUAAAUUUUUAAUGAGCGGAAGCAAAAUGGCGAGCGCGAGUAAAAAACAAAGGUUCGGAUUAUUGAACGAGAAAAAAGAAUGGGAUUACAAACCUAGAAAUGAAAACGACUACGGAUUGGAAGAUGAAAAUUCCGAAUUCGAAAGCGACGAUGAAAAACCUCGUCCGUGUAAACCCUGUCCGAGUUGGUGCGAUGGAUUGGCACCGAUAAGGAAAAUAAUCACUCUCGACAUGCUCAACGAAUACAUGCCCUGCUAUCAAAAAUCACCGGACAUACAAAAAAUGUUUAAUUUGACUCCAACGAGAAGAAUCAAAAGAACUUCGAGUGCAAUAUGGAACACUCCGACGUCGUGA